AUGACUGUUCCUAUCACUCGCAAAGGAAACGCACCAGUUUUUCCGCCAUUCAAGUACGCAAAUCUCCUCGACGAGGCCAAUUUUGGCGACUGGAGGGACGAACUUGCUAUCCAUGGCUAUGUCGUAGUUAAAGGCGCCGUCACCCCAGAAAAAGCUCUGGAAUACCGCGAUCGUGCCUUUUCUUGGCUGGAAAGUUUCGGUCUUGGAUUCGACAGGAAUGAUGAAUCGACUUGGAAGAAUGAACACCUUCCCGUCCACAUCAAAGGAGGCAUGUUCCAUGGCUAUGGAAUCGAGCACGAGCAAUUUGUAUGGGACCUUCGUACUAAGCAAGGCAUUAUCGACGCUUUCGCAAAGCUCUGGGGUACGAACGAACUCGUCACGUCGUUCGAUGCUGGCGCUGUAAUGCUUCCUCAUCGUACAGAUGUCACGGACGGUGGCAAGUGGGAACACAUGGAUCAAUCACCCUCACGUGUCGGCUUCUACUGCUGCCAGAGCGUCAUAAACCUUAAUGAAUGCGGUCCCGAGGAUGGCGGUCUCAUGGUGCUCAGGAACAGUAGCCGGAUUGUUGGGAAGUACUUUGACGAAAUUGGCCGUGAUGAGACUCGUACUUGGGGACCGGUAGAUUGGUACGGCUUUACUGAUGCCCAACAGGAAUGGUUCUACGAACGCGGCUGUGAAUGGGUCAAGGUGGAAGCUGGCCCUGGCGACUUGAUAAUGUGGGACUCGAGGACGAUACACUACAAUGUCCGUCCCUCCGGUGACCGCAGUCGUGUCUGUACAUAUAUUUGCAUGGCGCCUGCUGAGUUGCUGUCGGAAGAAGACAAAGAAACCCGAUCCAAUGCCUUCAAGCUCUGUCGCGGGACGACCCAUGUUCCCUUUGCUUCGAUUUAUAGCCGCGAGCACCAACCGAAGCUGCGUAAAGGAAAGCCAUGUCCGCUCGAUACAGGUAUUCCUAAAGAGCCUCGCCGUGAGACAGAGAGGGUUCUCAAGUUGGCAGGAAUUCUUGCGUAUUAA